AUGGCUGACGGCGGCCGGCCGCCGCAGGCCCGGGCGCUCCUGCAGCAGUGCCUGCACGCCCGGCUGCAAGUGCGCCCCGCCGAGGCGGACUCCGCGGCCCAGUGGGUGGAGAUUCAGAGAGGAUUAGUGAUCUACGUGUGCUUUUUCAAGGGAGCUGAUAAAGAACUUCUUCCAAAAAUGGUGAAUACUCUGUUGAAUGUGAAAUUAAGUGAAACUGAAAAUGGCAAGCUCGUCUCCAUAUUGGAUCUACCUGGCAACAUUCUUAUCAUUCCUCAAGCCACCCUUGGGGGGAAAGUGAAAGGAAGAAGCAUGCAGUAUCACUCUAACUCUGGGAAAGAAGAAGGGUUAGAACUCUAUUCCCAAUUUGUGCUUCUCUGUGAAAAGGAAUUGGCGGCGAACAGCAAGUGUGCCGAAGCUGGGGUGGUGGUGGAACAUGGCACUUACGGGAACAGGCAGGUGCUAAAGCUGGAUACCAAUGGACCAUACACACACCUGAUUGAGUUUUGA